AUGUUCGGCUUCCCAGGGCCUGACGGAGAGUACGCGCCCUCCUCCCAGGAACUCAUUGAGCGUCAGAGUCAGGACUUUGUCGACGAACGCCUCGCUGAGUUCCAGGCCCAGAUACACCAGCUACAAGUGAUGGCUGACAAGAGUCCAGGAAAGCCGCCACCCUCCGGGGGCGGAGACGACCGUGGUCGUCCUGACAAACACAAGCGGUCGCUGCUCAACAGGGUGUCCUUCUUCGAGCAGGUUUGGUGGGGACGAAACAGGUCUCCUUCUCUAGAAAGGAAAGGGUCACCCAUAGCAGAGCGCGGCAGAUCCCCGUCUUUAGAGCGAGGUGAGGAAGUGUUCGCUGAUGAGAUGGAGGAAGGUCCCGGGAAGGAGAAGAGGAGGCGCCGGGAGAGUACCAGCCCGGGCAGGGAGACGCCCCUCGACCAGCGCCGCUCCUCCGCCAAGAGUGAUGAAGACUGGGAGUUGGUGGAGCCGGAGGACGAGGCCACGUCCACCUUGGCUGAAGACAUUGAGCGUCGUCUUGAGGAGAGACGAAGAAUGAGAUCAGGCAGUAUGACACCGACCCGCGAGUGGGUACAACUACGACGAGGCAGCGACGACCAAAAGGUGCCUGAUGAACGCAGGGGGUCCACCCCGGAGCCCUGGGAGUCAACCUACUCCACCAAGGAAGGUUCUCUGGCCGAGGAGAUCGAACGUCGGCUGGAACACCACCGUCAGGAGGUGCGGCAGAAGUUGGUGUCCCCCGUGAAGGACUGGCCACUGCUGCGACGCUCCCCCGCUCAAAGGUCCAGCCGCGGCACCACACCAGAGAGAGAGACGCCAGACCUUGGCGCCAGCUUCACCAGCAGGAGCCGCACCACCAGCGGUGACCGUAGGAGGAGCCGGGAGAGAAGCGCCUCCCCUGGUCGCCACACUCUGGUGAGGGAAGUGGUGGCAAACGCCGAGCGUCGAGGUGGUGAGGCCACUGCCGUCACCACCACCACACACACGGCCACAGUGUGGACAAGUGAAGAUGGUGAACCUCACGUAGAAACACACUCCACUACUGACAACCUUCAGGAGGAAGACCCGAACAGUGAAGGGCGUGACGUGUUCCAGCGUGUAGAGGAGGAGGAGCAUGAGAGCGUUGAGCGUGGUGAACGCAAGAGAUAUAACCGGGUGGUGGUUCGACGCAGCGUGGAGAGGACCAUCACCACCACGCCCUCCCCGGAGCCCAUGGAGCAGGAGCAGCUGUCACCACGACUGUCCAGCCCCACAUUAGACCCCGCACCUCAGGCCCGCACCACCCGCAGUAGAACACCUUCAGGACCAAAGUCACGUCUACGCUCACGGACUCCGUCAGUGGAGCGCAUCCUGGAGGUGGAGGAAGAAGAAACGACGGCUGUGUUCCUCACCUCUUCCACCGACCCUCGCGUCCUGGACGAUGAGAAGCGUUCAGAUACAGACACUGGCAGCGCCUCCCCAGAACACGGCGCAGACAAGCUCCAGAGCUCAGACGAGAGCGCCAGAGAAUCCGGCAGGGAUUCCAAGAGCCCUGAAGACCACCUGACGAUGGAGACGGUGAGCACGGUGCAGUGGGAGGGCGGCGCCAAGGGCGAGGUUCAGAAGCACAGCACCAGAGUGUUGAUCCGCGACCGUGAUCCUUCCUACACCAAGUACGUCAUCACCUCCCGCACCACCUCCCGCGACUCACUCUUCUCGAGCCCCAGCAGCGAGGAUGCCCCCAGCUGGGACGGCAGCGCUCCCGCCUGGGCGUCGCGCACCACCCUCCAGGAAGAAGACGAGGAGGACCACGCCCCCAGCAAGUUCCGCCUACGGUCUCACCAGUACCAGGAACACAUCUCUACCCUGAAAGGUGAGCGCGGGGCGGGGCACACAUAA